AUGAGACUUUCCGACUAUUCCUUCGGUCGCUCGAUCGCCGCCCCAUCCAACAAGCUCGGCUUGUCUGGUUUGCAUUAUCGCCACUGGCUCGCUCGACAAUCGUCCAAAGACUUGAACUGGUUGCGAUACAUCCUCGGUAUUCAUGAUGGAAUCAUGGGGCAGGGAAGCUCAAAGCUCAUCCAUCCUUUGUCUGUGUUCACCAUCGUCAAGCAUGUGUUGUCAUCGCUCCUCACAGUCUACUCCUUCAUUGAGACGCCAGUCAUCAUAGCCUUCUAUUGGAAUCAAGAUGCAUGCUUCAAGCCGAAGACGGCUGAGAUGGGCCUUGCUCUGGAGACUAGCUUCAUUAUAGAGAUCAUAUUGCAGUUUUUCACAGGUUACUACGAUGCCAGCGGGCUGUAUUCGGAUUCCAUUCCAGCAAUAGCUAAGAUGGUUUGCCGAUGGGGCGAUGGGGUUUGGCUUCUGAGAAGCUUUCAGUACCUGAGGCAAGGUUUCUUGUUUGACCUCGUAACCUCAGCUCCAAUCACCUGGGUGGAGUACUUUGCGGUGUACAACAAGUGCAACUCUCAGUUUGUGGACAACUCCUACAUCUAUGCCAAGGUUCCCUUGAAACUCAUCCGGCCCCUCAGGCUUGUCAAGGUUUUAAGGCUCUUUCGCAUUGCCAAGGUGCUGGCGCUGGUGCACCUGUACAACUGCGGGUUCUGGCUGGUGAAGGUGGUGUUUGAUGAGCAUCUCGAUGAAUUCCUGCUAGCCCACGGCCUGUCGCCCGAUCCCCCGGCAGGAGAAGUUAUCAGUGCGCAGCAAGUGGUCGAGAGAUAUGUCUUGUCGGGAUAUUUCAUCAACAACCUCUUCACUACCGUUGGGUUCGGAGAUAUUGCCGGAACGAAUACUGCCGAAAGGCUCUUCUGCAUUUUCACGAUGUGGAGCGGAACGAUGGUCUUUGCUGUGGUUGUCAGCGAGACUUCAGACAUCGUCGCCAAGUUCAACGAGCAAGUGCACGCGAGGAAGCAGAGGCUGCAGCGGGCAGGAAGCCUGACCGCUGAGCAGGAGAUCCGGCACUUCCUGCAGCAGAACAAGGAGAUUCUCGACUGGUCCCUCUUCAGGUGUGUGAGAGAGAAGGCGCUGAAAUGUCCAGCUGACCCUCACCUGAAGGCUCUUGUUCGACCAGAAAGAGUUCUCCCUGCUCCCAUCCAGCAAAAACUUUCACUCGAGCUCGAUCAAGGGCUGAUCGGCUCUCUUCCUUUCUUCGAGCUCAUUCAAGAUAUCGAGGUCAAGGAGAAGCUCAUCUCAAUGAUCGGCAUGCAGAUUCCUCCCCGGCUUGCUGCUGCAGGCCAGCAAGUUGAAAUGGAUGAGAAUUCGUCAGCGCAGAAUCUGCUGGCCUUGCUGGAUCAAGACGUGACGGGGCUGGCGGCGGCAGAAGAAGAAACGAGCAACAAUCAACACCAAGAGCUAGAAGCCACCCUCGGGUUCCUGGGGAAGUCAGCGACUCUUCCCUCGAGGCCCCUCCAUCACAGCACAACCUUCAGCCGCUCCGACGACACCGAGCUCCUGGCUGCCAGGCCCUCCCUGCACAACACGAUCUUCAAGAGGACCAUCUCGGCGGACAGGAGGAGGAGGCAGCCGAGCGACAUACAAGUAGCAGAGAGCAGAGAGUGGAGGGACAAGAUUGAAAGCACCCUCGAGGAACUCGCGAGUGAUGUUCGGUCCAUCGCGUCCAUCUUGACGUGCCUUGCGGUUUGA